GGCUUGAUGGCGCAGAUGGCGUCCACGGCUGCCGGGGUAGCCGUGGGCUCGGCCGUGGGACACGUCGUAGGCAGCGCCCUGACGGGAGCCUUCAGCGGGGGGAGCUCAGAGCCAGCCCAGCCUGCAGCUCAGCAGGUCCCUGCCCGCGCUGCCUCCCAGCCCCUGCAGAUGGGGCCCUGCGGCUAUGAAAUCAAGCAGUUCCUGGACUGCUCCACCACUCAGAGUGACCUGUCCCUGUGCGAGGGCUUUAGUGAGGCCCUGAAGCAGUGUAAAUACAACCACGGUCUGAGCUCCCUGCCCUGAAGAGCCUGGGGCACACUGGUGCAGACUGGAGGAGAUUCUGGGCCAGAUCUGCACUCAACUCCACCCCUUCACCAACAGCCAGACUACAACCCUAGAAUGUACCCAUUUAGCUAGGAUUUUGUGGGUUUCUUACCCCACAGAUGAUCCGAGACAUGAAUGUGCAAUUAAAUGAGUUUAUUUUAGACCAGA